AUGUGCAUCAUUGUCACUGGAGGAGCUGGAUUCAUCGGCUCACAUUUGGUCGAGCGGCUCCUUGAGGACGGCCACGAAGUUGUAGCCAUUGACUCGCUCUGGACAGGAUCAACUAAGAAUGUCAAGAAGUUUGAGGAAAAUAAAAAUUUCCGCUUCAUUGAGCACGAUGUGAGACAUUCUCUUCCAAAUAUCACUGGGGUUACUGCAAUCUAUCAUCUGGCGUGCCCGGCAAGUCCGGAUCAUUUUGAGGAGAGUCCGAUUGAAAUUCUGGAAACAUGCUUUGUUGGAACGAAGAACAUGCUCGAUUUCGCUGUUGGAUGUGGAGCGAGAAUCUUGAUUGCUAGCACAUCGGAAAUCUACGGGGAUCCAAAGGUCAUCCCACAGUCAGAAAACUACUGGGGCAACACGAAUUCGUUUGGCCCUCGAUCCUGCUAUGAUGAAGGCAAGCGCAUUACCGAGGCUCUGGCCUACGGUUACCAGCGCAAACACAGCCUCAAGGUACGAAUCGCGCGUAUCUUCAACGCGUACGGACCAGGCAUGCAGCUAAAUGAUGGAAGAGCUGUUCCUAACUUCAUUGUGGCAGCAAUGAAGGGACAGCCACUCACAAUAUAUGGCGAUGGUAGUGCUACAAGGUGCUUUCAAUUCGUGACGGACUGUGUGGCUGGUCUGAAUGCUCUUAUGAACAGUGAGUACUCUCGUCCCGUCAACAUCGGGAGUGAUGUCGAGACAAAGGUCGGGGAGAUUGCGGAGAUGAUUGUGGAGCUUGUAGCAAAUAAGGUGGGAAGUGCCACCAGGGCACCGGUGAACCAUCUCCCAGCAAGACAGGAUGACCCAUACAGAAGAAAACCGGACAUAGGGUUGGCCAAGGACGUUUUGGAGUGGAAGCCAGUAGUAAAUCUUCGCGAAGGUCUUGACGUCACUGUAAACUGGUUCUUGGAGAAGGAGCAGAAAUCCAAUGGUACGAACGGCACAAAUGGGCACAUUUGA